UCAGCAUGGAAACUUCUGCCAGGGAUGCAGCACAACUUCAUCGGAAUAACGUGACCAGUUCUUCUGUGAAUAGUGUUAAAUGUGGAAAACAAAUGGGUGAUCGACCUUUGAAAAUCAAGGCUUCUUCAAAGCCUUCUUCUAAUGAUAAAAAUUCUGAUAAAUCUUCUCAUUGUUACAGAUGUGGCUCUCCUUCUCACUUUGCAAAUACAUGUAAAUACAUUUCUUCUAUCUGUUCGAAAUGUAAAGUCAAGGGUCAUCUGGCAAAGGUAUGUUUCAAAGGCAGACAAAGCUCCAGAAAAGCUGAGCAUACCAAUCAAAUUGAGGAAAUUUGCGGUACAAUCAUAACAUGGAUUGUUCUUGGAAGGUGCUCGUUGGGAUAGAUUUUUGAAGAAGUUGAACGAAUCGUUCCCAAAAAUUUUAUUCGAUGUCGUCCCGAUAAUGUGGAUGAAACCCGCAGUGAAAGCAGAAUAUGAUCCUCCACCUCACUACGAUUGUCCGGUUUAUAAAACAACAGCCAGAAGAGGAGUUUUAUCCACUACUGGUCAUUCGACUAAUUUCGUCAUGUACACAACAUUCGACUCAGAUAAGCCACAAAAUCACUGGAUUAAUCGAGGGGUAGCAUGUCUUUGUCAACUCAAUGAUUAAGUGGUAUGACUCGAAUAAAUUUUCAUUUAUUAUAUCAUUGUAUACUAAAAUGUU